UCAAGAAACAAGCUGGCGAGGAACAAGCCAACUUAGACGCACAUAUCCGGUUCAUAAAGCCGCCGAAAGGUCCUGAGGGAAGCUGCUCACGCAUAUCAGCCUAUUUAGCUAUAGCUAGCCAACAUGUCGGGAAGAGAAGGAGGCAAGAAGAAACCCCUUAAGGCUCCCAAGAAACAGUCAAAGGACAUGGAUGAGGAUGACAUGGCCUUCAAACAGAAGCAGAAGGAGGAGCAGAAAGCUUUGGAGUCAAUGAAAGCCAAAGCAGCUGGAAAAGGACCUUUAAGUGGUGGUGGAAUCAAAAAGUCUGGGAAGAAGUGAUUUAGAAACAUGAGCUACCAAACAAGCCGUUGUUCUAUGCUCAUCUGGGUCCACAGAUACAAAUGUACAUGCAAUAGCGUUUUUGAUUACUUUGCCUCCCGCUUGUAAAUUGAAAUAACUGAAAUAAAGGUUUGUAACUUACUGCUGUGUUUACAUUUUGUCAACUGUGUCUGGGAUCGACUCGCAACAUAUCCAAACAGCACAGGUAGAACAAUUGAAUACAUGUACACUUGUAUUAAAAAAAUACAAUUAAAAAGUUGUAUUUAAAGCUCAAACAUUUCAUCCAUCUUCAGAAACUGCUUCUGUUUUCCCCUCAGUGUCCAGCUCCAAUGCAAGUGUUCCCUCCGUUUCCCAUGGUAUUCUAUUUGUUGCGUUUGCCUGAGCCUGAAACAAGAGGGGAUUUUAUAUAUACAUACUUUUUUCCUUUCUUUUUGUAAUUUGUGAUGUAUUGGUUGACGACUCCUGAGUAGCAUUAUUGGGACAAAGUGUUUGUAAUAGUCAGGCUGUACAAAAUAAAGAGUUCCACUGCUUACUUUGA